AGAUCCCCCCAGCGCACUUCUAUCCAAGCCUUGAGCCCAGGUGUAGCACACGUGUGACUCGGGCCAGGUCCAGCGGGCAAAGCAAGCUAGGAUGUUCCCUAGCGCAGAGGCCCCCGCUGGGGUCUGCAAUAUGCUGGGACCUGGCUCACCGCAGAGUCCAACAAUCAUUAACCUUGGGUGACCACAGCAGCUGGACACACUCAGCCAGGACACUGGGAGGAGGGGUUGAGAGAUCCUUUUUCCGAGGGAAACCAAUAAGGGCAUGGGGUCGCCGGCCGCUUCGACUGGGUCUAGGAAGGGUUGGAGGGAUGAACGGAUUUGGACCCGCCCCAUCACAGGAGGAGCCUGCGCGCCAGAGCCAGAGAGUUGUGGGUUCAAAUCCUGACCGUAUGGUCUUUACAUAUGGUCUUCAAGAUCUUUGACUCAGUUUACCUCAUUUGCAAAUUGGAGAUUUCCUGGUAGCCACAUUCCAUAGUUGGUAGGCUUAAAUGAAGGAACGUCUACGGGGAGAGGGGAGGUAACCUCCCUAAGGAGCCCCAGGCCUUAGGGAUGUUUAGUAACUAAUCUUGUUGUUGUUAGUACUGGCGGGGGCGGCCCCUGUGAGAGGCCUCCCCAGCGGCUUCCUGUAGGGGAGCAGGGGCCGCCCCCUCUCCCCUUCCUCCAGGCGCUCGCUCUUCCUCCCGCCUCUCCGCCCCGCCCCGCCCCGUCCCUCCUCUUUCCUCGGAGGAAACUUUCCGCCGGCUGGUCGGUCGCGGUGUCCGGCCGCACCGCCGUGCGAACCUGGUAAGGCUGACGGGACGGCCCGGCCCGGGGUGGAUGCAGCCACCGGGGAGACGCCACUGCCUGCGGGGCGAGGCUGCGGGACGCUGACGGGGUGGAGGAGUUACUCGAGGAGCGAGAGCCUUGGGCCCUGGAGGACCUGACCUGGGUGACCUCGCAGGCUGACAGGCGAGCUGCGCCCCAGCAGCAUGGAUGCUCCGAGAAGGGACAUGGAGCUACUCAGCAACAGCCUGGCAGCCUAUGCGCACAUCCGAGCUAACCCCGAGAGCUUCGGCCUCUACUUCGUGCUUGGCGUCUGCUUCGGCCUGCUGCUGACCCUAUGCCUGCUGGUCAUCAGCAUCUCCUGCGCGCCUCGCUCGAGGCCCCGGACCCCUGCUCCGCGCCGGGACCCUCGUAGCAGCACCCUAGAGCCGGAAGACGAGGACGACGACGACGAGGAUGAAGACACCAUGACGAGGCUGGGUCCCGAUGACACCCUGCAGGGCCAGGAGCUGUCCACAGAACCCGAUGGGCCCCUUAGCGUCAAUGUCUUCACCUCAGCAGAGGAGCUAGAGCGGGCACAGCGGCUGGAGGAGCGUGAACGAAUCCUGCGGGAGAUCUGGCGCACUGGGCAGCCAGACCUGCUGGGCAGUGGCACGCUCGGGCCUGGAGCCACGGCCACGCUUGGACGAAUGCACUAUUACUGACACUCGGCCCCGCAGCGUGGGGCCAGAGUACUGGAUAUGGGACUGCCUCAGGGCCUUCAAACUGCCUCUGCCCCAACUCUCUUGGUGCUAUUGGGCGUUGGGUCGCCGCCUGCUAAGCACUCUUUAUAGGGCAGGUGUGGGUGGGAAAAGAAUGCCAGCUCCCACCUUCUCCUGAUAAUAAUGACCAAUUGAAAGGUA